AUUAUCGCCGCUGAAUUUUUCCUAUGUCCCGCAGUGUUCAAUCAGUUUCUCACAUUAUUAUUUUUAACGUUCUGUAUAUUGAGUCAGUCGCUGCGUCUGAUUGUUUGAACAAUAAAUAAUGCUCCUGUGAAUAGUCAUUUAUCCAUUAUGUCAAAAAUUCCUAACCUUAUUUCUGUGAUGAAUUUGUGAUUCAAAAUAAAUAUUGAAUGUAUCCAAUACAGAUUCAGUUGGACAAACCAGUCAUUUGUCAUGGCUAAUAUGCAAACAGAAAUUCGUAAACUUUCUUCAGCUGAAACUUAUGGGCUUGUUAAAAUAUUGAACGAUUCAAACUCUUGGAUAGAUCUGAUGCAAAUCAUACCGAACGAAAGUGGAAAUUUAUUUAAGUAUAACACAGAUCACAUUAGAUUAAUUCAAAAUGAAGCCUCAGAUAAAAAAUCAUGUGCUGAAAUAUUAUUGGAUGAAUGGGGCACGUCCGGUCGUAAAAGACCUACUUUAGAAUUUUUAUUAGAUCUUUUACUAAAAGCGAACCUAUUCAGGGCAGCUGAUUAUAUAUUAGUUGAUAUACUAAAAGGUGUUCCUGCUCCGCGACCAUCAGAAGGACCUGCUGCUAAGAUUGAUACUUCUAUGCAUAUGGGAAAUUCAUUGGAAACUAUACAAGAAAACAAAUUUUUGGCUGAAAAAGUAUGUACAAAAAACAUAUCACAAUCAUCUAAUUUAGAGCCAGACAUUUUAUCUGCAAUACAACAAGAUUGUAUACCAGACUUUGCAGUUUUAUUGAGUACAUCACAAAAAUCAGGUCAUUUAUCAGAUAUCGAACCAGAAAUUACAAAUUCUGCAGUUAGUUCCUAUGCUCCGUCAUCUGGGUAUAUACCUGACUUAGCUGCAUUAGAUAUUAUACCAUAUUCAACUCAAAACAGUACUGAAAAUAUGAGAUCUGACAAACAAGAUUGUAGUAGUGAAAAUUUGAAUGUCAUUGUGAAAGAUCCACAAUAUGCUACAUCUGCUUUUAGGUUACCAAAUUUAUCAGAGCUAAAUAUAAAUAGAUCAUUUUUAGAGAAUUCUACCUCAGAUGUUAUGCCAAUAGUAGAUUCUAAUAUAAAUUCAGAAAUUAAUUGUUAUCCAUAUAAGCUUUUAGAAAUGCAUACAAAUAAUUUUAAUGAUGCCUUAUAUGGGCAACCUGGAGGUUGCAGGUUGGGUUCUGGAGCAUUUGGUACUAUUUAUUUAGGUCAAGAUUUAAGUGUGAGGCCACUAGCAGUAAAGAGGCUUCAUAAAAUUGAUUCCGAGAACAUUAAUUUAUUUAAAAAUGAAAUAGAAAUAAUGUCUAAUCACAGACAUAAAAAUUUAUUAAAAUUGUUUGGAUAUUCAGUUGAUGGCCCCACAUAUUGCUUGAUUUAUGAAUAUAUGCCUGGAGGGUCUUUGCAAGAUAGAUUGAAAAUGGAUGAUAAUAAAUUGUGUGGUGGUAGCCGGAUUAAUAUUGCAAUUGGUUGUGCUGAGGGUAUUUUUUAUCUACACAAUAUACCCAUAAUACAUAGAGAUGUGAAAUCAGCUAACAUAUUACUUGAUGAAAGAAAUCAGCCCAAGUUAAGUGAUUUUGGACUUAUUAAAAAAACAAAUAGUGCGUUAUGUUCAGCACAAACUACUACAAUAUUAGGAACAUCAGCUUAUAUGUCACCAGAAGCUCAUCGUGGAGAUAUUUCUGAAAAGAUGGAUUGCUAUAGCUUUGGAGUAGUACUUUUAGAACUUAUAACGGGCUUACCACCUCUUGAUGAACAUAGAGAAGGCUGUGAUAUAGUAACACAUAUAGAGCAAUAUUGUGAUUCAGGAGUUGAAGGUAUUGAUAAAUUAAUUGAUGAAAGGCCUGGACCAUGGUUAAUGACUGCACGGGAAAUGUACAAAGUAGCUUUAGCAUGUUUACGAGAGAAGCGAAAUAGGCCUAUAAUGCAAGAGAUAUUAGAAAGUUUAAAAUCAGUAAAUAUGUAAAUAUAUAAAUUAUAUGAAUUACCAU